CUUGCUUCAAGGUAUAUACACAACCCUCAAUACUUUGUGUAUGCCUCCAUUUCCAUAUACUUAAAAGUCUGUUAAAUGCGAGUGGUUUCCUUGUUAAUGAAGAAAUGGUUUGAACUCACAGUUCCAUAAAACAUAGCUUCUAAAGGGAAUCAAUAUCAUUUUUAACCAGGUUUCUCUUUAGUAUGUAUGACAGAGAAAUAUUUUGUUAGAACACUGUGUAUUUUUGUCUAGAAAAAUGUAGCCUGUCUAUUAUUCUUCACAUGGAUUUCUGUACAGUAUAUAUAUAUGUAUAUGCAUAAUUAAGGUUUCAUUUAAAUUCACGAAACAAUGUUUAUAUAUGGCAAACCGAGAAUAAAGAGCCAAUGGAGGGUGUUUCAAAAACAAAAAAAGUGUUUCAAAAAAAAAAAAAAAAAAAAAAGAGCCAAUGGAGGAAAAUGAGGCUUGUUCUUGGUCAACCUCCUCUUUUCUCUCUAACUAACUGACCUUUAGUUCUUGUUUUGCUAAAGAAUCUCCCGUUUUGUUGCCUAAUUUUGUUUUAUCUUCUUUUUUUCCAUCGUUCAGUAAUCUUAAUUAUGCUUUCUAUGAUGGAGGUGAUUCACAUGUGACAUUCCUUUACAAAAAUCCACCAUGACCUUCUCCUUCUUAUCCAAUAAGUCAUAAUUUGUAAUCAAACUUUGAUCCAUUGUUCAAUCUCUUUUCGAUCACUCUUUUUGCCUCUCACAAAGUUUUCAGUAUUUGCACUCAAGAAUGGCGAAAGACAACACUGGUCUUCAUCACCAAACAGAAGCAAGAAGAAAGAAACUAACUUUGGUUCUUGGUGUAAGCGGGCUAUGUAUUUUGUUUUACGUUUUAGGCGCAUGGCAAACCAGCAAUGUCCCUGCUUCUUACUCCAAAAUAGGAUGUGAGACUCAAUCAAAUCCUUCUUCUGAGUCAGCUGACUUAGAUUUCAAAAGCCAUAAUCAGUUUGAGUUCAAGGAAACAAACCUAACCAUCAAGAACUUGGAACCAUGUGACUUAUCCCUCAGUGAAUACACACCUUGCGAAGAUCGACAAAGAGGAAGAAGAUUCGAUAGGAACAUGAUGAAAUAUAGAGAAAGACACUGUCCUUCAAAAGAUGAGCUUCUCUAUUGUUUGAUUCCUCCUCCACCAAACUAUAAGAUUCCAUUCAAAUGGCCUCAAAGCAGAGACUACGCUUGGUAUGACAACAUCCCUCACAAGGAGCUCAGUGUUGAGAAGGCAGUCCAAAACUGGAUUCAAGUAGAAGGUGACCGGUUUAGAUUCCCUGGUGGAGGAACUAUGUUCCCCCGUGGAGCUGAUGCUUAUAUUGAUGACAUUGCUAGGCUCAUUCCCCUUACUGCUGGUGGAAUCAGAACUGCUAUUGACACUGGAUGUGGUGUUGCGAGUUUUGGUGCUUACCUCUUGAAGAGAGACAUUAUGGCUGUGUCUUUUGCACCAAGAGACACACAUGAGGCUCAGGUCCAGUUUGCUUUAGAACGUGGAGUUCCUGCCAUAAUCGGGAUCAUGGGAUCAAAAAGACUUCCUUAUCCAGCUAGAGCUUUUGAUCUUGCUCAUUGCUCUCGUUGUUUGAUCCCUUGGUUUAAAAAUGAGGGUUUGUACCUGAUGGAGGUUGACCGGGUUUUAAGACCGGGCGGUUACUGGAUCCUCUCCGGUCCACCUAUAAACUGGAAACAGUACUGGAGAGGUUGGGAAAGAACAGAGGAGGAUUUAAAGAAAGAACAAGAUUCAAUAGAGGAUGUAGCAAAGAGUCUUUGCUGGAAGAAAGUGACUGAGAAAGGCGAUUUAGCCAUUUGGAGAAAGCCCAUCAAUCACAUUGAGUGUAAGAAGCUCAAACAAAACAACAAGUCACCUCCACUGUGCACCUCGGACAACAACGCAGACUUCGCUUGGUACAAAGACUUGGAAUCUUGCAUAACGCCAUUACCAGAAACAAACAAUCCAGAGGAAUCUUCGGACGGUGCGCUCGAGGAUUGGCCAGACCGAGCAUUCGCGGUUCCUCCUAGGAUCAUUAGAGGAACGAUACAAGACAUCAACGCGGAGAAGUUCAGAGAAGACAAUGAGGUUUGGAAAGAGAGGAUAGCGUAUUACAAGAAGAUAGUCCCAGAGAUUUCACAUGGGAGGUUCAGGAACAUAAUGGACAUGAACGCUUACCUCGGUGGAUUCGCCGCGUCCAUGCUGAAAUACCCGUCAUGGGUCAUGAAUGUUGUUCCGGUCGAUGCAGAGAAACAAACGUUAGGUGUGAUAUACGAGCGUGGACUGAUUGGGACGUAUCAAGACUGGUGUGAAGGAUUCUCUACUUAUCCAAGAACUUAUGAUAUGAUUCACGCGGGAGGACUGUUUAGCUUAUACGAAAACAAGUGUGAUUUGACGUUGAUAUUGUUGGAGAUGGAUCGAAUACUGAGACCAGAAGGAACGGUUGUGAUGAGAGAUAAUGUGGAGACGUUGACGAAAGUAGAGAGGAUAGCCAAGGGAAUGAAGUGGAACACUCAGAUUGUAGAUCAUGAGAAAGGUCCGUACAAUCCUGAGAAGAUUCUUGUUGCUGUUAAAACUUAUUGGACUGGUCAGCCUUCUAACAACAACAACAACAACUAGUGUUCUCAACUCUCUUUGGUCGCUUGAAGUCCAUGUCCUCUCGUGUGUGUUUUUUUUACUAAAUUUCUGUUUCUACUUCUUUUCUAAACUCAUGUUUAAUGACGCAAUCAGGUGUAGUAACAAACAAUUUCAAGAAGACUUUGGACUUCACAUACUUUAUAUGUUAUUUUUAUUAGGAUAA